AUGAUCCGAUACCUUUUCAAUGAUGUGCAGUUACUGAAAGAUGGGCGCCACCUACAGGCAGAGCAGAUGUACAGAAGGGUAUACCGUCUCCAUGAGCGUCUGGUUAACCUGCGCAGCGAGUAUAAUCUGCGUCUAAAGUCUGGCGUGACUGUGUCGCAGGUGCCCAUGACACAAAUGCCCAUGACCCAGAUCUCCCAGGUCCAAACGUUGCAGCAAUCUCCCCAACGCAUUAGGCCUGAGCUAGAUGAAGUCACUCUCAAAUACAUUCAGGACCUCGUGGCCUGGGUGGAGGAGAACCAGAAACGCAUCGAUGGGGCAGAGUGGGGCGAAGACCUGCCCUCUGUGGAGUCACAACUUGGUAGCCACCGUGGCCUUCACCAGUCUAUAGAAGACUUCAAAUAUAAGAUUGAUCGUGCACGGGCUGAUGAGAAUCAGCUGACCCCUGUCAGUAAGGGAGCCUAUCGAGAAUACUUGGGCAAGCUGGACCUGCAGUACGGCAAACUGCUGAAUUCUUCCAAAGCACGACUGCGCAGUCUGGAUCAGUUACAUGCUUUUAUUGUUGCUGCCACCAAAGAACUGAUGUGGUUGAACGAGAAAGAAGAGGAGGAGUUGAACUACGACUGGAGUGAUCGAAACUCCAACAUGACUGCCAAGAAGGACAACUAUUCAGGUUUAAUGCGAGAACUUGAACAGAGAGAGAAGAGGAUGAACAAUGUCCAAGCGACUGGAGACAAACUGCAGAAAGAGGGUCAUCCUGCCAGGAAGACUGUGGAGGCUUUCUCAACAGCUCUUCAGACACAGUGGAGUUGGAUCCUUCAACUCUGCUGCUGCAUUGAGACUCAUCUAAAAGAAAACACUGCUUACUUCCAGUUCUUCUCAGAUGUUAAAGAUGCUGAAGAGAGGUUGAAGAAGAUGGAAGACAUGAUGAAGAAGAAAUAUGUGUGCGAUCGCUCUAUCACAGUCACAAGGCUAGAGGAUCUGCUGCAGGAUGCAGUGGAGGAGAAAAAUCAGCUGAAUGAGUUUAAGACACACCUUGAGGGCCUCAAAAGGAGAGCCAAGACCAUCAUCCAGCUUAAACCAAGGAACCCGGCUAACCCUGUCAAGGGCAAAUUACCUGUUCAAGCUGUCUGUGACUACAAACAAAUGGAGAUCACAGUGCACAAAGGAGACGAGUGUGCCCUGGUGAACAACUCCCAACCGUACAAGUGGAAAGUGCGAAACUCCAGUGGGAAUGAAGCCACAGUACCAUCCAUCUGUUUCAACAUCCCUCCCAGCAAUAAAGAGGCCAUGGAUAUGAGCUCUGGUUUGGAUGCAAGUCUGCAGAGGCUGAUGGUUCUGUGCCAAAAGCUGCAUGUGGAUAUGAAGAGCCUGCUGUCCUGGCAGUGCCUCAUGCGAGAUAUCCAGCUUAUCAACUCCUGGAACUUCAUCAUGGUAAAUAACAUACACUUCAGUCUGUGCAUACUGAAUGUGCACUAG